CAGGGAUUCAUUGGUUGGCCUCAGUGGCGCCCCCUGGAGGCCUGGCAGUGAGGGCGCGCCGGUGCGCAGGCGGAGUAGCUCUUUCUUUUUGACUUUCUUUAUUCUCUCUUCCUGUAUCUGUGUAAAAUGUGAGAUCUGUCAGUGACUCCGAGACCCGAGAGCAGAAAAACGGGUCCGACUGGAGGAGCCAGCCAGGAGCGAGCUGAUCUCCGCUCAGACUCCGGGAGGCUCAGCUCUCACUCCAUUCCUCCUCCUCAGAUGCCCUCAACCGCCUGCGCUGGCAUGGCUGCCCCAGUGCCAAAGCCCAGAUCCAAGUUCAUGCAGGGCAUGGGAAAGUCCUCCAUUGACAGUAACGUCUCACUUGAUGGAUCAGAGAUAAACAGCAGGAAGCCUGAAGUCAACAGUCAAGCAGAAGCCGACAGCAGCCUGAACGACGGCCAUGAAGACUCCGCAGUGCCUGUUGGAGCUGAAGUAAAGUUCUUCAGGCCGCCGCCCCUCUUCACCUCGGCGGCUGGAGAGGGAGAGAUGUUGGCUCUGUCGGUGUGGACGAAGGAGUCGAACUCAGAUUCUUCGAGUGAUGAAUGUCCCCCAACUCCAGUAUCUUCACAACCAGAAAAGUUUCCCUUCCAGCUGAGCGACCAACAGCAGAACAAUGUCUCUCCGGUACCCAACGCCCCAGUGCACAACACCAUACAGACCAAACCUGCCAAAACCAAGAAACCACGAGCUGCCACCAUCCGUGUCAGCCGGAGGAAACAAUCUACAGGUUCAGGCGGAUCGGGCAGCCAGUCCUGGGAGACCAACCACAGAGAGAGCGCCGUAGCUUGCUCCAGCUGGCUGGAUGUGUGGAAGGGCCGCAAACACAAUGUGCUAUGGACCACUUUUGAUGGUCAGCUGAUGUCACUAUGGAAAAAACGCACGGACAAGUUUACGGAGUAUGUGUUCCAUGUGUCGAGCAUUACCAACGUCCGACAGCAGGACAAAGGGCGCUUCUCCAUAUACUUCCGCAAAAAGCACUUUGAGUUCAUGGCUCACAGUGAAGACAUGCAGAAAGGAUGGGUUACAUCCCUUCACACGUCCCGUGGGAGAGAACCACCACCACAGCCUCAGCACCAAGGUUCUCUGAUCAUGAAAGAGCCGAGAACCAAAGUGUAUGCUGCUAUCUGCGGACACAACCUGUGGAUAUACAACAGCAAAGAGGACUUUAAUUUGGGUCUGGGAAUGACCCUCGUAUCGAUGAACGUUGCUUCCGUGAAGGAGACUGGACGCCGCCACUUUAGCCUCAUUACACCGUAUAAAACGUUUAACUUCUCAGCGGACUCUUCUCGAGAUCUGACCACGUGGCUCAACAAGCUGAACGAGGUGAUCCGCAGUGCCCUGUCCUGUAGCGAGGUGGCGCUGCGCCUGUGGGCCAGUCCUUGGAACAAAGUGUGUGCAGACUGUGGCAGCUCCAACCCAGAGUGGGCGUCCAUCAACCUGCUGGUGGUCAUCUGUGAGGCCUGCGCAGGAGUGCAUCGAUCAAUGGGCAGCAACAGGUCCAAAGUGCGCAGCCUGAAAAUGGACAGCAAAGUGUGGACAGAACCGUUGAUUGAACUGUUUGUUAUUUAUGGAAACAAGGCUGCUAACAAUGUUUGGGGCCACAACAUGCCGGCGGCAGAGCAGAUCCUUCCUGACGCUUCUCAGGAGGAGCGGGCGGAGUUUAUAAAAGCUAAAUACUGCAGGGGUCUUUACCGCAAAGCCCACCCUCUGAUCUCUAACCAGACGUUGCUCAACAAGCGUCUGUAUGAGGUGGUCUGUGGUGUGGAUGUGGAGGAGACCCUCUCCCUGCUGUGUUCUGGAGCUAAGGUCCAUGCAGGCCCUCAGAGUCCCUCAGCCAUCAGUCUGGCUGAAAAUGCCGGACAGGCCCUGCAGACCGAACUACUGAGACACAACGAGUACACCGAAGCGCCUAACAUGGACCAGCAGAAGCAGACAGUGGAGCAGAUCGGUCUGGAGGAGCUCCAUGGGAAGCUGGAGGAUGAGCGGUUUCUGUUCUCUCUGGAGAACGAGUCUGCAGCCUUUGAUGUGCUGGACCUCAGAGAGGUCAUCUCCAUAUUCAACCAGUCUGCAGGGCAGACUCACGAGUUCAAGAUGUUGACGCUGACCGACAGUCUGAGCUGCAGUGCGGAUGGACAGGACUCCCUGCUGCUCCACAUGCUGCAUAUUAUCAGGGUGGUGAUGCCGGGGCCGCUGGCGGACGAGGAGCUGGAGGGGGUCAUGGCCGUGUCCAGGCUGUCUCUGCGAGAGGGCAGUGGACUCCAGCACGCUGAAGUUUGGGCUUCACUCAGACCCGGGGAGAUGCUGAUCUACCCCACACUGCCACACACGCCGCGGAGUGUUUUCCCUAUGAACCUGCACACGCAGUACAGCCUGCACUCCUCUGAGAACACCAUUGAACUCACCGCGGCAGAAAAGACGCUGUAUCUGAAGUUUGAGCGUGAUCAGAGCUGCAGUAGCUGGUUUAACCUGCUGCCCAAAGCCGUGUCGUCUCAGAGGAAAAGCCUCCAGCGGUCCGUGUACAAGCUGCCGGCGGGGAUGAGCGGACGCGUUCCUCCUGAACUGGAGCGCUGCUUCUCACACAUCACUCUAUACGGGCUGAAGGUGGACGGUCUGUACCGCCGCUGCGGAAUCGCCACUAAAAUCUCCCGUCUGGCGGAGCAGCUGCGCUCGGCUCCAGCUGACGCUGUUCUGGGAACAGGUGAUCAGGACGUGGUGGACGUGGCUGGAGCUCUCAAACUGUUCCUGAGAGAAAUGCAGGAGAUCAUACCGUCAUCAGAGAGGAGCGAGUGGGUGAAGGCAGCAGCUCACGCUCACGAGACUCAGAGGGUGCCGCAGUAUCGCAGUCUGGUGAAGCGCCUUACCCCCGACAACAGAGCCACACUGGCCGCUCUGUGUGGUCACCUCUACGUAGUGCAGCUGCACAGUCAAGUGAACCGCAUGACGGCUCAUAACCUGGCGGUGGUUUUCGUUCCCACGCUGUUCCAGGAGCUCGCCAUGAACACUGACGUGGUCCGACUCACCAAGGAGCUCAUUGUCCAUCACACGCUCGUCUUCCUGAGUAAAGAAGUGGUUCAAGAUGAAGACGACGAAAUGAUCACUGUAUUCUGAAGAACAGGACCACUGACCCUUCAUCCUCCCGUGUGUCCAGCGGCCACUGCAGCACUUGCACACUUUAUAUAUUUAUAUACUUGUGAAAAUGUGAUUGGUGUUUGAAAUAUGAGCAGCCACGUUAGACGGACUUGGUGUGUGUUACUGAAUUACUGUGGAGCGAAGUAAAGAAAAGUGCAUUUAUAACCUUCAGUAACGCCUCGUUUAUUAUGAGUAUUAUUUCCUCAGGUGUCCAUAGAACGGGAAGAGAAAGUGGAUCUUUCUUACAUUUACAAGCAAACAUUGUAUAGCAAUCAAUUACGUGUAUAAUGUGUUUUACUCACGGUCAAAUGACGUAAAGCUUCUUUUAUUUGUGAAACGUUUAAUCAGCAGACAAUCACAGCUGUCUAUAAGAUCACACUACUGUAAAUAAGCAUUUACCUCACAUAUAAACACAGCA